CUAGUUUACUCUUCUUCUAAAAUGAGUCUUAAAAGUUUCCCAUCAAAACCAAAAACCAAAACUUUCCUUCUUUAUAACAUACACAAACUAAGUUACACAUUGUCUUCUUCUUCUUCAUUCAAAUUUAGUUUAACAACUACUCUUUCAUUUGGAAUCAACUACAUUUUCAGCUUCAAACGUGUGCGAUCCUCGAUCUGUUACCGGAUGGGGAGGUGGUAGAGGAAUUGAAGAACUCAACUUCCCCUGCAUUGGUACUUUAAUGCCAUGACUACAGUUGAAGGCUCUAAAGAAGAAAUGGAGGGAAGUACUAUUGAGAGAUAUAGCAAGAUCAAGAAAGGAUCCUGGUUAGACCAAUUUCGACAUGGCUCUAAUCCUUGGAUGGCUAGAUAUCUUUACGCCAUAUUGUUUCUCAUUGCUAAUUUAUUAGCUUGGGCUGUUCGUGAUUAUGGCCAUAGCAUUUUGAAAGAAAUGAAGAGACUUAAAGGAUGUAAUGGUGGUGAAGACUGUAUGGGUGCAGAAGGAGUAUUGAGAGUAAGCUUGGGAUGUUCUCUAUUCUAUUUCGCCAUGUUCCUAUCUACAGCUGGUACUUCGAAAUUAAAUGACCGCAGAGAAUUAUGGCACUCAGGGUGGUGGUCUGCCAAGCUUUUUAUGAAUAUUUCUCUAAUUGUACUACCCUUUCUUCUUCCAGCAGAGAUUAUUUCAAUCUAUGGCCAGGUUGCUCAUUUUGGUGCUGGGGUAUUUUUACUAAUCCAGCUUGUAAGUAUAAUCAGUUUUAUCACAUGGCUGAACGAUUUCUGUCAUUCAGAGAAAUAUGCUGUGAGAUGCCACGUCCAAAUGAUGUUACUUGCAACAGUUGCAUACGUUAUAUGCAUCCUCGGGAUCAUCUUAAUGUACAUUUGGUAUACGCCUCAACCAUCGUGCCUUCUUAAUAUUUUCUUCAUCUCCUGGACAUUAGUACUCCUCCAACUCAUGACCAGUGUUUCUCUCCACCCCAAAGUGAAUGCCGGUUUCCUGACUCCAGGUUUUAUGGGGCUAUAUGUGGUGUUCCUCUGCUGGUCUGCCAUCAGAAGUGAACCUGCAGAGGAGAAAUGCAUCCGGAAAGCAGAAUCGCCAACUGGAAAAGGAGACUGGUUCACCAUCAUAAGCUUUGUUGUAGCAGUCCUUACAAUUGUCAUCGCAACAUUUUCAACUGGAAUUGAUUCAAAAUGCUUUCAGUUUAAGAAGGAUGAUGCACCUGAAGAAGAUGAUGUACCAUAUGGUUAUGGAUUCUUUCAUUUCGUCUUUGCGACGGGAGCUAUGUAUUUUGCAAUGCUAUUAAUUGGAUGGAAUCCUAAUCACGCCAUGAAGAAGUUUACGAUAGACGUUGGUUGGACUAGUACUUGGGUAAGGGUAGUGAAUGAAUGGCUUGCAGUUUGUGUUUACAUAUGGAUGCUCGUGGCUCCGAUCAUAUGGAAAAGCAGGCAAGUAGCAACAUCAAAUGUGUGACAGACAAACUUCACAUUGCUAAGAUUUCUCCAAAUUCUUAUGGCUGGCCUUUGUGGUUUUCAUGCCUGUCCCCGAAAACAGAAGAAAAAGAAGCAAGUCUCCACAUAUCCACUAUUUGAAAACGAAUAUCCUGUCUAAUCACCUCUCUCCAAGCUAAAAACACUAUAGAAUAUGGAGCGGAGGAAGUAAGUCUGACUAAUCAUAGCCCUUUGUAUCUGGAAAGCAGAUCUUUAUACAUGUAAAUGUCAUAGCUUAUGUAACUUACAGAAUCUCAAUUUCUUGAUUUUUUUUCUUUUCUAAGAGCUAAAUGAAAGCAAAAAAGAAAAAGGGUUAAAGAAAAGGGGUAAAACAAUGAUGUCACUGUUAUUUAGCUUUGUUGGUUAACCUUUUCUUAUCCUUUGAAUAGUUUGUAAAUAUUGAAGGAAAAGUUAAGAAAAAAUAGUUAGUAAGCCACAAAAGAAUUUGCACGGUAAUACCAUGUACAAUAAACUUUUGUGGUUCGACUCUUCUCUGGA